AUGGAAGCACAUUCAGAGGGAUUAGGAACUCGGGCGAUUACUGAAAGCUCUCCGGAUUUGCUGAAGAACACGCCCUCUAACAUUGCGAGAUUAGAAGAUGUAAUUGAGCAUUGCCAUGGCAGACAAAAGUAUCUCUCUCAGACGAGAAGUCCUUCCGAUGGGAGUGAUGUUCGUUGGUAUUUCUGCAAGGUCCCUUUGGCUGAAAACGAAUUAGCUGCUUCAGUACCACGCACUGACGUAGUAGGAAAGAAUGAGUAUUUUCGUUUUGGUAUGAGGGAUUCUCUUGCGAUUGAGGCUUCUUUCCUUCAGAGAGAGGAUGAGUUGCUGUCACUCUGGUGGAAAGAGUAUGCAGAAUGCAGUGAAGGCCCUAUACCACAAGUUAAUCCUAAAAAGAAAUCAAAUAAGCCGUCAGCUGAAACUUCUUCAGAAGAUUCUGUGUCCUCUAGUCUAUAUGAAGUUGAAGAGGAGAGAGUUGGUGUACCUGUUAAGGGUGGGCUAUAUGAGGUGGACUUGGUGAGAAGACACUGUUUUCCUGUGUACUGGAAUGGAGAUAAUCGGCGUGUGCUUAGAGGCCAUUGGUUUGCUCGUAAAGGUGGCAUAGACUGGCUUCCAAUUCCAGAAACUGUUUCUGAACAGUUGGAGAUUGCAUAUCGUAACAAGGUUUGGCGCAGAAGAAGUUUUCAACCCUCUGGGCUUUUUGCAGCUCGUGUCGAUUUGCAGGGUUCCUGUCUGGGACUCCAUGCUCUCUUUACCGGAGAGGAUGAUACCUGGGAAGCUUGGCUUAAUGUUGAUCCCUCUGGAUUCUCUGGCAUUGUUGGAUAUACCGGGAAUGGAAUUAAGUUGAGACGCGGUUAUGCCGGCUCCUACUCUCAAAAACCUACACAGGAAGAACUACGCCAACAGAAGGAGGAAGAAAUGGAUGACUAUUGCUCUCAAGUCCCUGUUCGGCAUCUCGUAUUUAUGGUUCAUGGUAUUGGCCAAAAAGUAGAAAAGUCCAACCUUGUUGACGAUGUUGGAAACUUCCGUCAAAUCACAGCAGCUUUAGGUGAACGUCAUCUAACCUCUCAUCAGCGAGGCACUCAAAGAGUCCUCUUCAUCCCAUGUCAGUGGAGAAAGGGUCUAAAGCUAAGUGGUGAAGCUGCUGUUGAUAAAUGUACUUUGGACGGUGUACGGCGUCUGCGAGAGAUGCUGAGCGCAACUGUUCAUGAUGUGUUAUACUACAUGAGCCCCAUUUACUGUCAGGCUAUAAUUGAUUCGGUUUCAAACCAGCUGAAUAGACUGUUUUUAAAAUUCCUAAAGCGGAACCCGGGCUAUGAUGGAAAGAUUUCCAUUUAUGGACAUUCUCUGGGGAGUGUUCUCUCCUAUGACAUAUUAUGUCAUCAGCACAAUUUGUCAUCCCCAUUUCCAAUGGAUUCUGUAUACAAGAAAUUUUUCCCAGAUGAAGAAUCUCCUCCAAUUUUAGCUCGCGCUGACAAACCUUGUAGUUCGCAUCCAUCUUCAAAUCCUGAGCCAGAGAAAUCGAAUACUGAGGAAAUCACUGGUGAAGAUAAUAACAUGAUGGCUAAAGAGUCAACGGUGUUGGAGCAUCACCAUGUCAUCCAGGAAGCUCCUUCAUUGAUUUCUGACUCUCUUGUGGACAGCGUGGGUUUGGAAAGAAGAAGCAGCCAAGAAGAUGACCAUCAUGAUUCUUGUGGUGCUACUUCCUCACAGGAUGGACCAGACGGAGCCGACUGUAGAACGCCUGAUUCUUCUUCAUCCUGUUCUCCAGAACAGUCAUUGGAGAAACAACGUCUCAGUUCUGAUAACGAGGAGACGAUCAAGUUAUUACGAGAAGAGGUGAAAUCACUGAGGUCAAAAGUAGAGCAACUGCAAUCAGAAAAUGCCAGAAUAUUGACGGACGAAAAAGACAUGACAUCUGUGGUGCCUGAGCAGCUCAUUAACGAGAAGGCGCCAUCGAAAGGUGCCAAUGCACCUACAAGCUAUACUCCUCAUAUCAAGUACCGAAAGCUCGAGUUCAAGGUUGACACUUUCUUUGCAGUUGGGUCUCCUCUUGGAGUCUUUCUUGCCCUUCGAAAUAUUCGUCUUGGCAUAGGUAAGGGAAAAGAUUACUGGGAAGAGGGGAAUGUUAUUGAAGAGAUGCCAGCUUGUCGUCGAAUGUUCAACAUUUUCCACCCCUAUGAUCCUGUUGCAUAUAGAGUGGAGCCACUUGUCUGCAAAGAGUACCUCCCCAAACGACCCGUGAUUGUUCCUUACCACAGAGGUGGCAAGCGGUUACAUAUUGGAAUACAGGAUUUCAGAGAGGAUUUUGCGGCGCGUUCCAAGAGAGUAAUGAAUCAUUUCGAUUCAGUAAGGACAAGAGUUCUCACUAUUUGUCAAUCCAAAAGCGCGGAUAAACUAGAAGAAACAGAAGAAAGUGAUGACGAAAAGGAUGUAAGGUCCUAUGGUUCCUUAAUGAUAGAGAGAUUAACGGGAACUCAAGACGGUCGAAUAGAUCACAUGCUCCAGGAUAAAACCUUUGAGCAUCCGUAUCUACAAGCCAUAGGAGCUCAUACAAACUAUUGGAGAGAUAAUGAUACUGCUCUUUUCAUAAUUAAACACUUGUAUCGCGAGUUAUCAGACGAACCAAACUCACCCACACCCACGGAAUCCACGGAAGGAGAUGAUAGUCCAAAAGUUUCAAGCAGACCUCAUAGCUGGAUAGACAGAGAGACUGAUGAUGCUGAUGAAGAGCUUCCUUUAACAUUCUCCAACAAAGAAAUCGCCAGAAGCUUCUCCGCAGAUGCCAAGAAAUAUCUGAAGCAGCCUUAA